UCAAGCUGGAGGAGCACUCCGUGUGUCCGUGCAGCUGGUGUGCAUUUGGUUGUGUGUAUGUGUGUGAGUGUGCGUGUGUGCGUGUCUGAAUGCCAACAAGUUGAUAUUAUUUUUAAUUUCCCAAACAUCUUUGAAUUAAGCCCCGGAAGUAAGGGGCCAAUACGGCGAGUGGGGCAUCUUUCAGAGCGGCCUAAGGAUAAGAAAAAUACUUUCCACAACAACGGAGACUCCAAUGAACUCGAAAAUAACAAGUUUGCUACGUACAGCCUUUGAAAACAAGCCACAUCUACGCAGUUUAUCGAAUUUCGGUGUAUCAUUUUUUUCGACACUAGCUAACUUGAAGCUAGAGUGUGCAGCUGCUCGCGCUGUUGUUUUUUUGUGGUUGGCAGUUUGCAGUCAAGUGAUAGUCCCGUGUGCCUUCUCUGAAAUGUGUAAAGUCGCUCAUGUUAGCUAAUGAAGUUGUAGUAACCGUCACAGUAACCGUAAUAAACCGUAAUUGUAGGAUAAGCCAUAAGCUACUCAGAAAAAAAUGCUAAAGACGCUGACGAAGAAGCUAAGAAGACAUUCACUCAAUGAGAUACAUCCUUUCCAACUGAAGAUUUCUUACCAUGGCAGUGGAGAGGGAGGGGAGAGCGACGACUCAGAGGGAGAAAACCAGGAGCUUGCACAGAUUGACAGAGAGAGACGGAGAAAUUGUGCCCUCACACCCUUGGCCACCAGCCAGCAGCACAACCAGGGUCCCCUCUCUCCAGCCCGGUUACGACGCCUUCGCCUCCUUUUAGAUGCCAAUCUGGAUCGCCACUCUUCAGAGGAAGAGCUCGAGCGUAUCAGCUGUGGGGACAACAGGAAGUGGGUUUCAGCGCUUCCCCAGCGCCACAGCGAUCACCACAGCAGCACGUCCAGUGAUGAGGAGGUGCGGGACCUCUGUGGCUGCGUGUCACCGGCUGCCUCUGCCAGGCCUCUGGUUGAGUCCAAUGCUUGCCUGGCUGCCUCCCCCAGCCCUGUACUCUUCAGCUCCAGUCCACCACGUAGCCUCAAGCCACCCCCCAUGCGCUUUCAGCUGCAGGUGGUGCAGCCAGUUGCACGGCCCAUCAUUCUGACCCAUUUUGACCAGUCAGCACCUUAUAGAAAGUAUCGGCACAGUUACGGCGGGGAGCAAGGGAGGCCCAGUCUGGAUCUGGAGAAAAUGCAACAGAAAAUGCUGCUGAAAAAGAACUGCGGCGGGAAAACGCGGACUAUAAAGAUUCGGAACCUGACAGGCAGUCGUCCUCCGCCCAGGUACACCUACGAUCCCUCCAUCUUCGCCUUCCGCUCAUUGAGUACAGUGCCCCCCUGCAGCCCUCUGACCCCGUCCGAGGAUCCCCCCUGCUCGUAAGGCAAUUCAUCCACCGCCAGAUAAUCCUCUGCCCCCCUCUCUUCAGACGGCUGCUUUUUUUGAGGCUUUCUGCAGCGAGACCAAUGAGUGACUAUUAUGAAACUGACCGCUAGAAAAGACGUUUGUUUGACGGUCAAACUAUUGCACACUCAGGUAAUCCCACCCUGUAACGCUGUCACUUUGAUCGCUGUUCUCCGGACGAAAUCAACAGGAACAUUUGAGAAUAAAAUGGCCUAAAAACACUUCUAAGGAUACUUCAGGUACGGCAUAUGUAUAGCGGUCUCUGAAAAGAUCCUGCGUUAGGAGGAAGAAUGAUCAAGAAACAAACAUGGACUGUGGAGCCAAGGUGGUACAAAGGGACGAGGCCAACCAUUUUAGUUCUGGGUUGGAUCAAUAUUCAAGGGAAAUAAUGCAUGUAAGACAAUCAAAUGGUUCCAAGGUUUCUUCCUUUGACGUGAUUCCUGGACAACUUAUAAGGUUAUUGGUAACUUUAUAUACUAAACAUGGUCGAGGUGAGUCAUCAGAUAUCUUGUUAUUGUUGAGAUAAACAUAGCCAGUGGUCACAUUCGUCUGUCUGAAAAUACUUUGGAUGUGUUAUUGAAUAUGCAGGUCGUGACGAGCUAUAACAAACAUGUAUGACAUGUAUGUAGUUGAAUAGUAGACCUGUGACUAUGUAAGUUUCUUAAUGAAUUUGUCACUUUUAGUCCAGGUCACGAGUACUUGUAUCCUCUUUUCUUGCAUGAAUUCCACUGUUUUUGCAGAAGGAGAGGUAUGUGGAAAUAAGGAAGUAUGAGAAUAGUUUGCUGCACAUUUGGCAAGUGUAAUUGGUGCUGUGUUAUGCAUAGCCUACUUGUAGUGUGCCAUUUUUUUUCUUUCCAAUAUUGUACCUCAUUCCUUUCUAGGUAGAAGAGGACCACUGGUAUAUCAAAGACAUCCCAGUGUUUUCUAAAAAUCUCUUAAUGCCUUGAAAUCACAUUCCUGUUGUAUUGAAUGAAACUUGAGGUAGUUCUUGGCUCCUGAAAUGAGCCGAUCAAUCGAUUAAACACGAUGUCACCACUGUAACUAAGAUUUCACUGAAAUGAAUGUAACAUUGUGACAGGUUUUUGUCCGUUGUUGCACAAAAUGAAUCAAUAAAUACCCUAUGGCCUCUU